GCAGCUAAAAACAACAUUAACCUGCAAAUCUGAUAUAUCGACCUUUUCAACCUAGAUUUCUCUUUUUCUUUACAUUAUCUUUUUUCUUUUCUUUUUUUUUUAAUAAAAAAAUAAACCUUUGGAAUUUCACAAAGUUUGAGACUUGGAGCUAAUUUGAUUAACCUUGAGAGGAGCAGGUAUGAAACACAAGACAGAGGCUUUAUCAGAUCAAUAGCAAAUAGCAUCCUAAGAUUUUCCAUAGAUUUGAUAAUCUAUGGCCACUUCGGUGAAGGUCAAGACAGGAGGAACCCAAGAUGGUUCUUCAAAGGGAAAGAUUGGAUUUUCUGUCACUAAAAACAAGAUUGGGAGCUCAUCAACCAAGCCUGGAGCUGAUUCCAAGCAGAAAUCUGUUCAAACUGUCACAAAAACUGAGGUGAAAUCAAAACAAAGUUCCGGUUCAGGGUCUGCAAAAUUGACCACAAAGAAGACGACGACGACGAGAGUGAAGAAAGUGUUCAGUUUGGCUGGACAGAAAUUUGAUCCUCCUGAAGAGAGAGAACCUUUGAGGAUUUUCUACGAGUCAUUGUCACAACAGAUACCAAGUAGUGAAAUGGCAGAAUUCUGGAUGAUGGAGCAUGGCUUAUUGUCCCCUGAAAGAUCCAGAAGAGCUUUUGAGAAGAAGCAGAGAAAGCAAAAGCAAAUCCGGUCGGGAAUUCCUAUCAAGUCUCCUCCAGUUAAGUCUCCCCCACUUAGGUCUCCUCCGCCAAAACCAGUUUCAAAAGCACCAAGCAAACCAGAGAGUUCACAGAGGCAACAGCUGGCAUCUAAGAAUGGUGAUGUAAAAGCUAAGAAGAGAGUUGUUGAUCAGAGUGACGAUGACGACGACUUAAUUUUAAGUCCGAAGAGAAGGAGAGGGUAAGUAAAAAGUAAAAGAAUCCCUCAUCCUCUGUAUCAGUGUUCUUUUAGAAAUUGCUUAGUUAUUUUUCUUCAUCUUCAACUCCAAAAAACGAUCGGAGAUGUUAGAUAGAUUAAUAAACAAUCUGAUAGAAAAGACAUUCUUUAUAUUGUAAUUGUGUAACUUAUGGAAACAAUAAGCAAAGACUUUCAAUUAAUUUAUGUUUCAUUUCCUCAA